AUGGCCGCAAAAUCACACCCUGUCCCCGGCCUGUCAUGUCGCUUCGGGACCGCGCUUAUGUUGCUGUUUACUUUCCUCCCUGUUGUGUUUUCCAGAACGGUUACUUACAAUUGGGAUGUGUCAUGGGUCACUGCGAGUCCUGAUGGAUAUUCACGUCCUGUUAUUGGAGUCAACGGCAAAUGGCCAUGCCCUCCGAUUUCGGUGGAAAUUGGGGAUAGAGUCGUCGUAAAUCUCAGGAAUCAAUUGGGGAACGAAAGCACUUCGUUACAUUUUCAUGGCCUGUUCCAGACGGGAAGUAACAGCAUGGACGGGCCAGCAGCUGUCACUCAAUGUCCAAUUCCCCCUGGAGAACAUUUCACCUACGACUUCGUUGUACAACAACCAGGCACAUACUGGUACCAUUCUCAUUUUCGCGGUCAGUAUAUCGAUGGACUACGUGGCCCUUUCAUCGUCCACGAUCGCUCGGCUCCCUUCAAGUAUGAUGAAGAAGUCGUCCUUACUGUAUCGGACUGGUAUCACGAUCAAGCACCGGGCCUUAUACAUUAUUUUCAAUCUCCUCAAAAUGUAAUCGAUCACGACGGAGCCGAACCUAUCCCGAAUUCUGCGCUGAUCCAGGAUGGACAAAACAGCAAGAUUGAUGUCAAGCCUGGCCGAACAUACUUAUUCAGAAUCACUAAUAUCGGGUCAUUCGUUGGUUCUUAUCUUGCUUUCGAGGACCACGAUAUGACAAUAGUUGAAGUAGACGGAGUUUACACUCAGCCUCAAAAGACAAAUCAGAUCUACCUGACAGUUGCUCAGCGAUACAGCGUCCUAGUUACCACUAAGACAAGUACAGAUAGGAAUUUCGGCAUUCAAAGCACCCUGGAUACCGAUAUGUUUGAUACGAUCCCGGACUGGGCGAAACCUGACGUCAACGGCUAUCUCGUCUACAACAGCAAGAAACCACUUCCUGCUGUUGCCCCACUAAGAGAUUUGUCACCAUUUGACGACAUGAAAUUACAGCCAAAUGAUCGCCAAAGAAUUUUGGGUAAAGUUGAUCAUCAGGUUAUCAUGGAGAUGGACUUUAUUUCUGACGCUGGAGUCAAUCGUGCAAUCGUCAACAAUAGCAGUUACGUGCCACAGAAAGUUCCCACGCUAUACACAGCUCUGUCGGCAGGAAAACAAGCAACGAAUCCUGUGGUGUAUGGCGCCAACUCCAACCCUUACGUCCUUCGCUACAAUGAAGUUGUCGAAGUGGUUCUCAUCAAUCAUGAUGACGGCCACCAUCCAUGGCAUCUUCACGGGCACAACUUCCAGAUAAUCGAUAGAUCGCCAUCCGAUACAAAAUACAAUCCAGCCAACGUCGUGCCGCUAUCCAAGACCCCAGUUCGUCGUGAUGUUGUUCAGGUUCACUCAAAUGGCUACGUCGUGAUUCGAUUCCGUGCAGAUAAUCCAGGCAUCCAGCUGUUCCAUUGUCACAUCGAGUGGCACGUUGAAGCCGGCCUUAUUGCUACCUUCAUCGAGGCACCAGAAAAGCUACAGAACUCGCUAAGCAUUCCCCGUCAACACUUGAAGAUAUGUGAAAAUCAAGGCAUCCCAACGAAAGGCAAUGCAGCGGGAAAUACCAAAGACUUUACGGAUUUAACGGGGGCUAAUACGGACUUCGACAAAAACAAUUGGGGAGCACUUUUGAACCCGCCGAAGAGAGCUGUGAAAAGAGCAAUUGAAUUUCAGGCCUGAGUACAUGAUGACAAAGCUCAAAUUUGAGAAUACCAACGGGAUAUGGAAGUUUGCACAUUGACUGGUUCCAAUUAAUCCAAAGAGAAUAUCCCCUAUUAGCUUGGUGCCGGCGUAGUUGUUACUAUAGUAUAUACCCAGCCGUAUUUUGAUGUCUUCUGAGCUUGGUUUAGUUGGCAGAUCAAUUGUGUGUGGAGUCACAAAAGUCGAAGGAGAUAUUGCUCGCACUUGCAUGAAUCUAGUUCUCACUCUAGAGUUUCAACAACUAGGAAGACGCUGCUACUGUUAUCAUCUUAAUUUCUAUUGAAGAUUUA